AUGCAAACCAAAACUCUUCUUGCUUUAUUUUGUACUAUUGUUGUACUCUUUAUUGAUAUCAACGAUGGUGCACCGGCUGUUGUGAAAAAACCAACCGUUGUUGGAACUACAGCUGCUUCUGUACCUAGCCCAAAUCCAGUUAAACUUGCUGGUGCACCUACACCAUGGUCAACAACAAUUGAUGCAAAAAGUAAAAAAAUAUUUAAUAGUCAUAUUAAAAUAAUAUCAAAGAAACUCAAUGCUGUUCAUAAAGUAGAUAAAAAAUUUAAACCUAAACCAGUAAAAGUUCAAACACAACUUGUCAGUGGUAUGCUUUAUCGUUAUUUAGUUCAAAUACCAAAUAAAAAAUACGCCCUUGUAACAGUUGGCGUUCAAGCAUGGAAAAAAUCAAAAGUUUUAGAUGAAAAAAUGGUUAAUGUACGCGAAAAACUCUACGAUUUAAAUGAUAAAGAUAUCUAA